AUGAACAAUGCCAGCGAAUGGCUGUCGGCAGAGACGACGCCGGCCGCGCCCGCAAUGCCGACCCGCUCCUUUACGGAAAUGGUAGGUCUUCUCGGAAUGCGCCAUUGUUUACAUCUAAUUAUGACUUUUUUUUGUGAAUUAUUUAUGAGUUUUGUUAAAAUUAGCUUCUGCACUUGAUUGUCGAUGCAAUUACGCACGCAGAUUGUUGUAGAUUACGGUAGAAACAGUGGUAAUUACUGUGGAAAUAUGGUAAUUAUGCAAAUUUACAUUAAAUAAUUAGUAAUCUGAGGCUGGGGCUAAGGCUGAGGCUUAGGCUUAGUCUUAGGUUUAGGCUUAACGUUAGGCUUAGUCUUAGGCUUAACCUUAGGUUAUGUCUGAGACUUAACUUUGGGCUUGAUUUUAGGCUUAGUCUUAGGCUUGGUUUUAGGCUUAAGUUUAGGCUUAAAAUUAGACUUAACUUUAAGCGUAGUCUUAGGCUUAGCUUUAGGCUUAUGUUUAGGAUUAGGCUUAAACUUAGGCAUAACCUUAGGCUUAAAAUUAGGCUUACGCUUAAACUUAAGUUUAGGUAUAAGACCAGGUUGAAAGUAAGGCUUCGGUUUGAGUUCAGGCUCAUGCUCAGGCUCAGACUUAAGCUUACGUUUACAUUUAGGCUUAAGCUUAGGCUUAUGCUAAGACUUUGGUCUAAAUAUAAAACCAGUUUUAGGCUUAAGCUUUUAAAUCAUAGUCUUGUAGGUUUAUACUAUGCAUUUGUUAGGCUUAAUAAGAUGAUCCCCCUUAGGCUUAGCAAUAAUUUUAUGAUUUUUUAGACUGAAAUCUUAAAGUUUUAAUUUAAAAUUGAGCUUUUUAGCUACUCAAGUCUUAUAAACCAUUUUUUCAGUUAGAAAUCAUGAUAUACACAAUAUGCCUUCUAAUAGGCGGACCCCUGAAUGCCGUGUCAUUUUAUCGACUAAUGAAGAAUAUGAAAAAAACCAAAAACUCGCCGACGGCGGCACGUUCAGCAGCACAAAUCACGUUGCUACGCCUGAACCUGAACAUUGCCGACUUGUUGACAAUGUUUGUUUAUACUACUUCGCAAAUCAUCUGGAUGAUCACAUAUCAGGUAUGUUAAUAUUAGACUUACAAGGAGGGGGAGGGGGGGGUAUUUUUACUGGGUAGGGGUGGGGGGUUAUUAAGGGAGGGGGGAGAAAAAAUUUUAUUUUAUAAUAAAUUUUAACUUUUGCAAUGAGGGGGGGGGGCGGGUGACUUUUUUAUUUUAAGGGGGGAUAUUGAUAUUAUUGUACUAAUAAACCAUUUUCAGUGGUACGGUGGAGACUUUUUAUGCCGUUUAUGCAAAUUUUUCCACACUUUUGGCUUUUAUUUGAAUUCGUUUGUUGUAGCAUGUAUUGCUAUUGACCGGGUAUUUGGAACGUAUAACUUAAGGUAGGUUUGUCAUACCCUGCAUUAACUGGCCCUAACUUACCCUGUUUCACUCUACUCUACCCUACACUACUCUAACCUGCCUUACCUUACCCUAUCCUACCCUACCCUACCCUACUCUACCCUACCCUACCCUACCCUACCCUACCCUACCCUACCCUACCCUACCCUACCCUACCCUACCCUACCCUACCCUACCCUACCCUACUCUACCCUACCCUACUCUACCCUAUCCUACCAUAGCCAACCUUACCGUACCCUACCCACAUUAAUAAAUCUUAUGUUACAGUACACUAAAAGCGUCACGUCGCUCAUACAUACGAUGUUGGAAGAUGUUAGUGGUGGCGUGGGUAUUCGCCUUUUUCUUGAGUAUACCCCAGUCAUUCGUAUUUCGAGUAUUCGAGCCUCCCGGCAUGGGAAAGUUUAAGUAAGUUUUGUAAAGAAAGUUUUUGGUAGCUUAUGUUUUGCAAAGAAAGUUCUUGCAAUUUUUCAUUUUGUAAAGAAAGUUCUCGCCAUUUGUUAUUUUGUAAAGAAAGUUCUUGCCAUUUGUUAUUUUGUAAAGAAAGUUCUUGCCAUUUUUCAUUUUGUAAAGAAAGUUCUCGCCAUUUGUUAUUUUGUAAAGAAAGUUCUUGCCAUUUAAAAUACUAUAAUGCCACAUUUCAGACAAUGUACCCCAGUAUGGACCAUAAUCAGUUAUGAAAUUGAUAUUCAAAUUAGUACCCAAAAGCUGACACCAAUUGAAAACAAAGAUCUAAUUGAAAGGUUUCAUCAAGUUUUGAGAUGGGAACGCAUCUACAAUAUCGCUCAUUUAUUGUUCGUAUUUUGGAUACCGGCACUGAUAAUCGUAGCAUCGUACGCUUUGGUACUGUGCUUGUUGAACCAGUUCACACCAAAAAGUGUUGGAGGUAAGUACCGUACCCUAGUCUACUACCGUGAUCUACUCUAUCCUACUGUACCGUACCCUGCCCUACUGUACCAUACCCUAACAUAAUAUUUCUUUUUCAGAAUCCACCUGGAAAACCAGUCUAAUGGAGUGUCUUUUCACCGGCGGUCGAUACAAAAAGGCUUCAAGCCCAACAAAUUCAUACGAUUGUGACGGUAAAACCCCUACAACAACACCCAGACCUUCCGUAGCAGAAGUGCCGGCUUCACUAUUAGUUUCACUAAAACAAGAGCCAGAUGCCACAAAUUGUUUAAAUACUGAUAAGAAGAAGACUUUGACAAACUAUAGAGACCGUGCCAUGUCGGCGACGUCGGUAAAAACGGAAAGUUCGGCUAUGAAUGGCAAUCAUCGAUUAUCGUUAGCUACACCCAAAAUUGUUGGGACUUUUGCACUGCAGACUAUUACGUUGGCUAGACAAGUAAGUUAGAACCCAUUAUCAAAAUAAAAGUCUUAGUAAUGGUAGGCUUAAAGGCAACAGGCUUAAGCUUAGUAGGCUUAAGCUAAUUAGGCUUAGGUAUAGUAGUCUUAGGCUUAGUACACUUAAAAUUCGUAGACUUAGGCUUAGUAGGAUUAGGCUUAGUAGGAUUAGACUUAGUAGGUUUAGGUUUAGUAGGCUUAGGCUUAGUAUGCUUAGGCUUAGUAGGCUUAAGCUUAGUAGGCUUAAGCUUAGUAGGAUUAGGCUUAAUAGGCUUAAGCUUAGUAGUCUUACUUAGUAAACUUGGAAUUUGUAGGAUUAGGCUUAGUAGGCUUAUACUUAGUAGGCCUAAGGUUAGUAGGCUUGGGCUUAGUAGGCUUAGGCUCAGUAGGCUUGGGCUUGUAAGUAGGUUCAGCAAGCUUAUACUCCGUAGGCUUAGGCAUAGUAGGCUUGGCCUUAGUAUGCUUACUUUGUAGGCUUAGGGUUAGUAGGCUUUUUAAACGUAUACUUUGUAGACUUAAUCUUAGUAGGCUUCGGCUUAUUAAACCCUUGUUUAUUAGGCUUAUGCUUAGUAGUGCUUGGCAGGCUUGGGCUUACAAUUGUUAGUAGACUUAAGAUAAGUACGCUUCGACUUAGUAGGCAUAUUAGGUCAAGGCUUAGAAGUUCUAGGCUCAGGCUUAAUAUUCUUAGGCUAGAAAACGUUUGCAAAAUUUAAAACUUAAAAAAAAAUUCAUUAGAAAUUCUUAAUUUUUCUAUUUUCAGCGCGCCAAACGUCAAGCCGCCUUCAUUAUCGUAGCGUAUUUGACCUUUUGGACGCCGUACAAUCUGCUGGCUGUCAUGAAUACAUUAGCGCCUUCCGAAGGCACGCUAAAACAAGUGGCGUCGGUGACGCUACCCUUCCUCAACUCCCUGAUAGUCGUAAAUCCAAUCGUCAAUCCUCUCAUCUACGGGCUUUUUGAUAAACAACGUUAA